AUGAUGACUCUGGGUGGUAAGGACGGGCCGGACCGGCCAGACGGGCGAGAGGGGCGAGACCAGCCCAUCGACAGGAACUCCCCCACCGUGGGUGGUGCGCACCACGCGGAUGGUAUGCCCCCUGCGGAUGGAAUGCCCCUUGCGGAUGGUAUGCCCCUUACUGAUGGUAUGCCCCUUACUGAUGGUAUGCCCCUUACUGAUGGUAUGCCCCCUGCGGAUGAUGGCCGCACCGGAGAGGAGCCCCAUAACUACGACGAGUGUGACGACGGCGAGGAGUACGACGACUACAAAGGAAUCAGCUACGGAAUGAUGCUGAAAAAAGUGGUACGCAGGUCCAUAAAUGACUGGAGUCUCUUCUGCGACCGAGUGGAUAACGACAACGGAGAAAAUUGUGAUUACCUUAGAAGUGCCCUCAUCCAGUACUGCAGACACAUGAGGGAAUGCUUCCUAAAGCUCCAGGAGUUAAAUACAUUCAGGAGAAACCACAAAGAAAUUAGUGAUAUAAUUAAGCUCAUUUUAGAAUAUAGAGAAAAUAAUAAAGAACUUAAGAGCAAGUAUCAGUAUGACUUAUAUCUCUGCAAAGUAAAAAUUAUGGAUCUCCAAAUCAACGAAAACAACAUACUUUGUGCUAUUGAUUUAUUAUCCACAGGGAGGUAUACGAGGUUCCCACUUCUCUUCAAAGGGAUCCUAACCAAACCCACAGAAUCCUUCAUCCCAGACUUAGACAUAAAUCAAAUAAACAUUUUAAAAAAACGAAUUAUGGAUGAAUUUUUGAUUAAUUAUUAUUCAUCCAGGAUACCUAAGGAUAGAGUAAAUUUUGCAUUUUCUGACGGAUUCAUAGAGUUAGAUGUGGUUAGCGAAGUGAAGGUCUCUCUCAUCACCGAUUUUGUUACAUGGAGUGUAGUCAAGGCGGAUAUUUUUUUUCUACGCCAUAUGAAUUUGCACUCUUCGCAUAACUUGAAUCUCAUCAGUUUGGUGAGCUAUGGAGUUGUGCAGAAAAUGAGCGAAAUGGCGGCGGGAUCGGAGAUGCGUGUAGCGGCGGACGUGCCCCAGAUGGGCGCUGCCAAAGAGGAGGUGAAUUCCCCCUCCGAAGAUAUUGACAUGGGGAGUUCCAAUAGAGAUGCGGUGACUUCCAAUAGAGAUGCGAAGACUUCCAAUAGCGACGCGGCGAGUUCCAAUAGCGACGCGGCGAGUUCCGAUAGCGACGCGGAGUGCUCCAAUAGCGACGAGUUUUUGCUAAAGACAGACGAAGGAGGCGCCCACCACAGGGACAAACAAAUACACAAGGACCAAAAGAGGCAUGCCCGAAUAAAUCCCAUCGAGCAGCACUACCACAGAGAACGGGAAAAAAGGACGCAGGCAGAGGAGACACUACCAUUGGCAGACGUACUCUACGAAAUCUACAAAAUCAGUCACUUUUAUUGUAGUGUGCAAAUUAUGGAAUUUUUUAAAAGCUGUAUAAAUCAGUAUAAUACGUUUAACUACGCAGUGAAAAAGGUUUUUAUUUAUAAGUGCUUCUCAAAUAGCACAGUGGAGGUCACUCCUUCUUGUUACAAUUACAGUCUUAGUGAUAAGGAUGCCUCACUUCAUUUGGACAUCCAUUUGUAUGAGUGUGAACUCACCAAAGGAAUGUAUCACUGGUUCGAGAAAAUACCCCUACUUGAUCAAUAUAGUAAAAAAAAAAUGAUACUUAAGUUUGUCCUAAAUAACGAAAAUGGGAAUAUAAAAGUUUUUUUGUGGCCAUUCAGUUUUUUUAAAAAGAGGAAAAAGGAAAGCAUUCACACGGAUGAUAUUUUAACAUACUUCGAAUUUAUGUACUGUGGUAUAUUGCAGAGGAGGAUGAAGAAGCUGUUCAUGUUUGACCCGGCUCAUAUUCACCUAGAGAGUUGGUUCACUCGGGCAUUCAGCUUAUCCGGAGGGGAGUCACUCCCCGGCGUAGGCAGCAUGGAUCACAACAGGAGCAGCGAGACCUCCUUCGUAAACAACGCAAUUGGUGUGCAUGAGUUGAUACAUGAUUACUUCUUCGAUAUGGGUUACAUCCGUGGGGAGUUGCACUGCGAGGACGAGGGGGUGGACCGCCGAACGGGUGGUGUCACCCCAGGCGGGGCAAAGAAGAGCGAGGAGGGGGGCGAAUACAACGCGGAGGGAGGCAAAUACAACUCGCCGAGUGGCAAAUACAACUCGCCGAGUGGCAAAUACAACUCGCCCAGUGGCAAAUACAACUCGCCGAGUGGCGAAUACAACGCGCCGAGUGGCCAAAACAACUCGCAGGGAGACGCCAAGGUAGGCGUGACGCCCCUGCAAAACCGCAUUAAAACAAUACUGAUGAGGAAGCAAAACGGAGACUUCUGCCUUCUAAGGUACACCUUCUACGGACAGAAAAUCAACCUUUUCUUAAGUAGGCAAAGUGAAAAGCUCAUCAUCAUGUGCCACUGGAAUAGCAAAACUUUUAUCGAUAUGAUCAGUCUCCACUACGACCUUAAGCUGGUCAUAUAUGUGGUGUACCUACUGAAGCGAUUCUCUCUCUAUGUGUACAUGUAUAACGAGUUGCAAAAAAGAUUUCUACAAAUAAAUGCUGGAAGGAUAUUCAACUAUGAGCUAGACAAGGAUGAGUUCUGUCCCAAUUUCUUCGUUUACAAAUUGAAGCUUUAUGAUCUCUUAAAGAAAUAUAACUACUCAGCAAACAUCGUUUUGACGAAGUUUCUUCAGAGUUUUCUUUCUUUUAUCGAUUUUUAUUUUUAUCUUCCUUGUGAUGAGGAGGUGGACGUGACACAGGGGUCCACCCAUGGGGGGGGUACCCUCAAUGGAGGGGGUACCUUCAAUGGGGGAACCUUUGAGAGGGCUCUCCGGAAAAUGGUACAGGGUGGGGUUGAGAAGGCAGGCGGUUGGUCUCACUCGAAAGGGAGUGCUCACAUGGGAGGAAGCACCCCCAGUGAGGCUAAUCGUAUUGGCAGCUUGGAAGGGAUUCAUUUUGAUGAGUCCAAUUUGAGCGGCACCACCCCCCUGCAGCAACCCAGGGACAGUAAAUAUGAGGAGAAGACCCCCCAAGAAGGGAAGAAGGAUGCUUCAUCAAAAGACCCCUUCCGAAAGAACUUCUUCUCAGUGCUGUAUUUCACCAUCUACACAUAUGACCACACCCCCCUGUUACUAAUCCUGAUGAUAGAAAAUGAUUGCAUACACAAAACGUACAUUGUCAUCUGUGAAAGUAAGGGAGUAACUUUGGGGACAGAAAAAAUACGAGGAGAACAAGGGAAGAACAAGAAGAAACAAUUCUUUACCAUUCCAUUAAUACAUAGGAGUUACCCCCUUGUAAAUAAUGUUGAUGAUUAUUUGGACGGGGUACGAGACAUGGUGAAUCGAUUUUCAAAUUUAUUUUCCACUUUGGGGAAACUCCUACAGAUGAAUUCGCGGUGUCCCGUUUUUUGCAGUCGGUUUUGUGUAGCCCCGCCCGGGGGUGGAGCGUUGGGCGGAGGGGUCGUUCAGCAUGAGGAGACUGCCCAGGGAGGAGGCACACGUGCGCAGGGCAAUCUCAAAAAUGCGCAGGGCAGUCCCACACAUGCACAGGGCAAUCCCACACUUAAACUCGCCUCCGACCAGGCGUACUCCCGACUGAGGAAAGAGACGAAGAAGAGUUUCUUCGACCUUCAAUACUUCGUGAGUAAGAACCAGUCCAAGCGGGCGCCCCCCAGAGGGAGCGGUGACCCCCGCCCGGACGAGGCGAACCCGGACGAAGCGAGCCCAGCCGAAGCGAACCUGGCCGACCGCGAGAAGGAGAAAUACCCAGCGGACUACAUCACCAACUACCUGCUUCACCUGGAAUGUGAUCUCGACGCGGAGCACUACUCGAGCGAGGAAUUUCUGAGCAAUCACGAAAGAAGCGAGUACCCCCUCCUGAUCAAAGUGAACACUUAUGGGUCCUUUUUUUUUGAAGUCCCCGUUCGGAAGAAAAAACUCCUCAAGAUAAGGGACUUGGAUAUGAAGAGAAGCACGGAGGUUUCUUUUUUGUGCUCCAAUGUGGCGAUAAAUGUGAAGAUUGAGCCACUGGGAGGGGAAGAAGGGACAGACGCUCCCCCGGAGGACUGGGUGCAGAUGAAAAAAAUGUACGUACUGCUCAAGGACGACUGUUCUUCAACCAGCAUUCUUCACCUCUUUUCAGUCAUGAGCAAAAUCUUUUCCGUGUGGAAUUUCUUCCCUGAGCUGUACUAUCUGGAAAAAAUCAUGUCACCCGAUAUAUCCAUCCGCAGUUGUCAUUUGGGAAACAUCACUGUUGAGUAUCACUGUGGGGUUAACAAACAGAUUGCAUGUUCUGUCGUGUUAGACAUUCUCAGUGGUGGAGACAUAACAUCCGGACAGUUGGAUGACCCACCUGAUGGAUCACAUGCCACAAAUGGAGGUCACAAAAAAGAGCCCUUUUCAAAAAGCGUAGGUGAAGUAGACACAAAUAAUAUGACGACUAACCGCAGGAUAAAACAAACGAGCGAUGAAGAAGACGCAGUGGAAAAAUUACUUUUUUUGGACAUCUCUUUUAAGUCCCCCUUUGAAUGUAUUAAUAAAUUAUUUUCUCGAGAGAAGAAGAAGCUCUACUUGUAUUUGAAAAAAAAAAUUUUCAGCCUACUGAGGUUUCUCUUUUUGACUUUUGAAUUUCAUUACAACCUUUAUAUUCUAAUUAACAAGACGAGUGAGCAUUUGAGAAAGAUCCAUUUUUUGCAUCCAGUAGACCUCCUACACGACGUUGAAUUUAAUUACGUUAAUCUCCUGACUGUUAUGAUGACAUUAAAAUCGUUUAGUAACAACAAGAAGGGGGUGUUAUCUUUUUAUUUUAUUCUUCACCCAGGACAUUUCUCCAAAAUUGUGAUCAUACCACAUUACAGGGGUACCUACUUGGGUAGGCAUCAGAGGAGGGAGGUGUCGAUAAAAAAUUUCUUCAAAAGGGGGAAGUUGGUUCAGGGGGGACCUUCUACUCCCCAACGGGGUGCCGAAGAAAAGGAUAGGAAUGAGGAGCGAGGCGGGGCUAUACAGCCGCGACAAGUGCCUACGAAAAGUAUUUCCGGGAUGGGUUCGUCGUCUCCUCCUUUGGCAAAGGAGAGAGGUAACCAGUGUGGUGACGGGCAUGCCGAUCAGCGUGGUGACGGGAGUGUAGAUCAACGUGCAGGUCAACAUGGCGCCCCACCCAAGAAGGGCCCACGGGAGCACCCAGACGAAAACGACAUAACCACAGUGGAAGGAAGUGGCGCCAAAAGUGGAGAACCACCCAACACACAGGAAAGCGGCAUGCUCAUUGACCACCUGGAUGAGGAAGACCUAUUCAUUUAUCUCUUUUCCCAUUUUUGCUACAUUAUAAAUUUGAAGAGAGUAAAUCAGUCUACGAUCUACACUCCGGGUGGAGACCUCCAUAGUGAUCACGAUCAUGUAAAUCCACCACGAGAGAGUAGCAGUCACCACCCUUUGGAAGGAACAGAACACGUCUCACUUGGAGAUGGUGCCAUCGAGAACGAUUUAAAAAUUUUCGAAGAAUACGACGUGUUUAUAUUAAAUAUAAAGUACUUGUUCAAAAUGAAAAAUCAGAUUGUCUUUUCGGAAGUUUUUUUCUUUCCUCCAUUUUUUCUCUACACCAUGUUGUACCCUUUUGUGGAGUUUUUGAAGACGUUAAAAUGUUGGCUUGUUUUGUUGGAUCAGCUGAGACUUCACUAUUCGGAUAUUACCUUGACUUGGUCCGAGAUAGGCGACGUUUUUCAGCACGUAACUGCGAUUAGGAGGAGGUGCUCUCCGCCGACUGCUCCCGAGGGGGGCGCUCCAACUGGGGAGAAGCUCCCCGGGGCGGACAGCCCGCCAGGCGCGAACCAAAACGCAAAUGUGAAAGCAGAUGUGAAAGCAGAUGUGAAACCCGAUGUGAAAGCCGAUGUGAAACCCGAUGUGAAAGCAGAUGUGAAAGCCGAUGUGAAAGCCGAUGUGAAACCCGAUGUCAAACCAAACGUGCAAAGCCUACAGAGCGGAUCGCCCCCCGAGGGUCACGCAAAUGACCACCGCCAGGAUGACGAAAUAGUUUUGCACCUCGUGUGGUUCCUUUACAGCACCAAGGAUUUGUAUGUCGACACGGCGUCCCUUGGCGAGGCGAAAACUUACAAGCGGAGUUAUGCGGCCCUUUUGGGUGACUCUAAAGAGGUGAAUCAGGAGGAUUCCCCUGAGAGGGGUGAUGGCGAAAGCGGCGAUGGUAAAGGCGGCUAUGGCGAAAGCGGCGAUGGUAAAGGCGGCUAUGGCGAAAGCGGCUAUGGCGAAAGCGGCGAUGGCAAAAGCGACCAUGGCAAGGGCGACCAUGGCAACCGAGGUGAGCAUAAAAAGGCGAAGAGGCAAGAGGAGGAUGGGCCGCACAGCGCGAAAGAUCCCUUGUGGGGGGAUCACCACCCCCUGAGUGAAGCCAAAUCGGAGGAAAUACAAAACGUGAAAUGGGAAACCGGAGGAGACAAUCCCGUAGCAAAGAAAUGGACGCACACAACGAAUCACCUGAGCAGUACCCCCUUUCAUAUGAACCAAACAAACACGGACAAAUUGAAACAUAUGAUUAACGCCUACUCCCACAGCAACGAUGACGUUUUUUUAAAAAAAAAAGCUCAAAAAAUCUGGUUGGGGAGGAAUUUUAUCCAGAAGUCGUACGCCCUGCGCAUUUUGGAACCCAAAAAUGGGGACCCCCCGUACAAAGAGGGGAAACGAUGGGACGACCCUUUGGCGGAGGGAGGAAAAAAUGACAAUAUCGGGGCCCGCCACGCGGGCGACGUGCUUACGAAGAUAAACCCCUACAAAGCAACGUCCACUCGAAGGGAACCACAAAACGAUUUUGAAAAUAUGUUUUUUUUUAAUGAGGAAAAAAUGCUAAUCGGAGGCAUGAAGAAUGCGAAGAGUUCUGCCACGUCAGGAGAAAAUGAGUACAAAGGGGAUAUGCACUACUGGACCAAUUCAGUUGGCAUAUAUUUCGAAAAUGUGGGGGAGACUGUGGAGGAGGAGGACUGCUGGUUUUAUCGCAGUAGGGGAAGGGUACCCACACGGGAAGGGCAAAUAGAUAACCACGGUGAGGUGAAAAACCGAACGAGGAAAUUCAUCCUGGAGGAAGAAAACAUACUGAAAGAAAACUCCAAAAUUAAUUCAGCCCUGAAUAUAAUUUAUAACUAUGCUAGAAUAUGGCUCCCAAAAAUGAAUCACUCCAAUAUCAUUUCCUUUUUUCGAAUCAUAAAUGAGACAAUAGUCGAUAAAAAGAAUAUAUGUGAGUUGUGUUCUCUGUUGUUUAACUCUGUUUUGUCAUACCGAGAACAUUUAACCUUUUGGAUGUUUCCAAGUAGAGAAGGUGUAUCAAUGCCAUUCGUUGAAAUGGAGUUUGUACCUGAGGGGGUCGAUGACCUGGUUGCCGUGGCGGGUGGGAAAAAAGGGACCUCCAUUUUCCGUAAUAAAUGGAUCGAACUGCUUGUUCCCGUGGAGGAUGCGAUAUACGAUGGUUAUCUCGUGGAGGGAGAAACCAACAGAGGGGUGAUGAUGGAUAAGAUGAAUGGUGAGGAGGCCCAUACAGGUGUCGACUCGGCUACUCCCAGCAGAGGGAACAAAAAUAUCACCACGGGAGGAGGUAAUGACGGCAAGCGAGGGAACUGUCAUUCCACCCCCGCAACAGAAAAAACGAUUAACAUAAAGUACAAAUUAUGGAGAUAUAUGCCCCCCCCUUUUAAAAAAAAAAUGUAUGAACAGGAGGUUAAAGACAUUAUGGGGGGACCCAAUGAAAGCGUGACGCUCACGUUUAAAAUAUCAUCAGUGUUGCCAAUUAAAAACUUAAAGGAGGUGCACAUAAAUGACGAGCCGUUCGUGAAAUUUCUGGUGAGGCACAAAAUCGACUUAAAUGUUGCUCACCAGAGGGUCAUGACCAUUUUGCAGAAAUACAACCUGAUGGCAAACUACUCCCUCGUUGCCACGCAGACCGUCCUCCACCGCUCCACCUUCGAACUGCUGCGCAAGGGGGGGGACAUCGACAACGACACAGGGUGA